ACCUGAUGACCUAGCUAAACCUGAUGACAAUGUACAAAAUACAUAUCCAAAAUGAGGGCGUUGAUUAUGAAUAUUUAAUCGCAGUUUUUGACUAGAGUAAUGCAGUUUCUCCAGCUGUUACAUUAGAUAGCGUUGGCUAACACAAAGGAUAUCUUGAUUUCAAGAAAGAUAAAAAGGCAAAGAUAAUUAGUCAAGUGCGAGUUUAUGGUAUAUUUUUUUUGUGGCUUUAGGGAAAUCAGCUUCACCAGAACUGGAAGACGUGUGUUGGAUAAAAAGUUUGGCGGGUUGCACUUUGCCCCUUCCCUACAGCGUCUCUGAUUUUUGAUAAAAACAAGGCAAAUGACCUAUACAGCAUCAUCCUCUUGUAUGAAAUACUCGAAAACAUGUUUCCAUUCAAACAGUAUUUUCUAGUCACACUAGAUAUUUCUACAAAUUGAGGCAAAAUAUGAAUCCAUUUAUUGAAUAUCUUUAUGGAUUCGAUCCAUUUUGCAAACGAUACAAAUAAGAAUAUUAUGCAAAACUUUUUUAUCUUGAAACCUUUUUUUUUAAUCCCUGAGCCGUGCUCAUCUCUUUUUCAACGACUUGACUACAAUGCUUGAAAACUUACAUCUUUGAUAACGCAACUCGCAAGCCGCAAUCGCAGCAAUGUUCUUUACUAUUAUAUAGAUAUAUAGUUAUUUAGCCUUUUAGGUUUACACUUGAACAGACAAAUACAAGGUUCUUGUAACAGACAACACUGUCUUAAGUAGUCUCAUGCUUCGAUAAAAGAGCGGAUUUUCGUGACGGAUAGUGAGACUUGCGUAGUACAUGCUGAACGGCAAAUCGUGAACGGAUUAAAAUGCAACAAAUGAGCAUUAAAAAAUGACGCGGAAAUGAAGUAUUUGAAAAUGAUCUUCCUUGCCAUAUUGAGAUGAACCUGUAAGAGAAUAUUCUAAAAAACGGAGAACUUUCAGUGUCAGCAUUUGUCAAACGGUUUUUCGUUCUUCCCUUUUCGGUAUCAGUUUAGAAGUUUUUUGUGCCACACUCAAGAGCCCGAGCAAAGGGGGGGGGGCAGUUGUCCUUGCAACUGAAUCAAAGUUCCCUUGAGGUGGCUGUUGUAAUGGAGACGAAAGUCCGCUACUUUCGAAUAAAUCAGGAAAUUAAGACACCAGCUCGUGAUAUGAGUACGUAAUUGACUGGAUUGGAGGUUAAUGGUUAAAGUAUAUCAACAACCGUAAGCAAGGCUGUAAUUACAUAAUCACGUGAGGUUAGUCCUACUACAGUGUAAGGGGGGGGGGGGAAGCAAUAUAUUUUUGUAAAAAAUGACAGUAGUUAUGCUGUAAUAAUUAAAAGAAUAUUUUGCUGUAAACAUAAAAUAAUAAACUUUGGCAGCGAGCAAAUCAACGUUUACUGAUUUCAGGGACAGGGGGGUCUUUGGUGUCUAAGUAUGGCUAGGGAUACCAAUAUUUCGCCCCGGCAUGCAGGAGCUCAUCAGAGUAAAAAAUCUACGAAUAGCAUUCAUUUCUGAUCAUACAAAUAAGUCAAGCUUUUUUUUCACUACUGAGAAACGAAGCCAACACUACCAGCCCGUGCGGAACCAAAGAUGGCGUGGCGUUAGGGAGGGUUGGCGUGAUUUUGAUAUCGUUUGUAUGAUCUACAUAUUAGUGUUGAGCUUUCCGCAUCGUUAUGUUCAAUGUUUUAUCAACUGAGUGUCUUUCAGGUAAUCUAUCUCUUUGUCAUUUCAUCACAAACCUAAAUAUUGCAAUGAAGCUUCCUCUACCUUUGAAAUUCGUCCUGAUCAACCAGACUUAUUUCUUGUAAAACAAAUUGGAUAUUUUAAUAAGAUUUUCCUGGAUCUCCUUGGAAAAGCACCCCAUCAUUUGCAUACAUUAGAGUAAAGCACUGUUGCAAAAUGUCUCACAGUAAUGCAACUUUUGUUAAUCGACUGUGCUUACUGUCCGUGUGAAAAAGAGAAUUAUAAAAUGACAAACCAAAAGCAGAUUUUAAUCACUUUAGUUAAUCCUGGCUCGAUAUGAAAAUACCAAAUCCAAGCAAAUUUCAAAUUCACAGUUGUUGUGCUUUUCACCAUUACAAUUUAAAGCUGUUCACAUAAUCAUAAUUAAACGUGAUUUUUUAAAAGAAACUGCUUUUAGUAAAAAGUGAAAAAGUACUAAGUUUCAUAACGUGGCAUCCAUGUUUUGGCGCUUUAGUACUAAAAGUUUCUUUGUUGGUUUUUUAGUUUGGGUCCUAAAAUUGCCUUUUUAUUCUGAAGUUGUACUUUUUGGAAGGACAUAAACGCAGAUCGUCUGGAAAAGGCAACGCAGAUUGAAAUCGAAAGCAUGCUAUCUUUUUCCAAAGAAAAAUCAACAAAACAAAAACUUUUGGACUCUUUCUUUAAAAAUAAAAAUCUUUCACAAUCUUAAUUUUUCUUGAGCCUAGUACUAAAGUUUCUUAAUUUUUUUUGCAUCCUAGAACUAGCAUUAAUAGACUCGAUUCAAUCUCUUAUAUCUUACAAUAAAAUUUAACAAGCGGUUUAGCACGUUUUAGGCUGACGAUAAACUACCUCGACUCUGUACUGAAACAAUCGGAUCUCCUCAAACAUUAUACGCACGUCUUUAGAAACGACACGAGCUAUUUCAAAGUCAUCAUCAGAGCGUUAGUUGAGCGGCAGGUGAUUACCAAAAAGCUGAAAUAUUUUGCGCGCUACCAAAUCCGUUAUUGUAUCGCAUGAAUACAACUUAGUAAUCCGCGCGAGCCGCUCGUACUGCAAGACACCUGGGCUUUGAAUGGCCUACUGUGGAAUCCGCUCAACGUAUGCGCCAAGCAAGUUUUGGUGAAAAACGACGUAUAUAUGAAUCUACAAUGGAGCAAUUACCAGAUACAAACAGAUUUAAGUUCAGGACUGAGUGUACCAUGGAUACAAAAUCUUCUUUGAUGACAUCAUACGAGAGUAAAGAAGCUCACAUAGGAAUGAACUGUUAUAGCCAACAGCAAAAUGGGCUGCCAGCAAUCAAAGAACAGCCAGCAGUAAGAAGUUAUGAGCAAGAGUACAAAUCACAGAGCAAGCAGAGUGAGCUGAAAAUGAAAUCGCCAUUAGGAAAAUGCAGUUUGAUGGAAGAAGAUUGUGAUGUAGACAAAGUGCAAGAUGGCAGAGGAAAGUCGCAAAGAAAGCCUAGAACUAUCUUCAACAGUUUUCAGUUAAGAGAGUUGAAUCGGGCCUUUGAAAGAACUCAUUACCUUUCAUUACCAGAGCGGGGUGACCUGGCACUGGCCCUAGGCUUAACCCAAACGCAGGUAAAAAUUUGGUUUCAAAACAGACGCUCUAAGUACAAGAAACUGUUAAAAACCACUGGAGGGCAGGGAUUUAUGAAUGUCAUUCCAGACAACGCAGCAGCUUGGGAAUAUAGCAAGUCGAUGUAUGGCGGUCCACUGGCACAUUUCAACGCAAUCCCAUCUCAUGGUUCACAGAUACAAACACCUGAAUGGUACUACAAAAUGAACUAUAGUAGCCAUGAAAAUAUGUAUGGAUACACUCCUAGUGAACACAGACAGUACAGUAGAUCUGGCUAUCCUCUGCAUAUGUAAAAAGCCGUCGUUUUCUUUAUGCGCUUAAAGAACUCACUGCAGUGAAAAACCUGUGGGUAAUAAAGAAGAAAUAUUUUUAAUUCACAUGCUUAGGUAUACCUCCAACGAUUUAGACAGAAAAUUUGAUUGGUAAAGUUGCCUUGGAUAUUACCCAACCCAUGUCUUAACAAAGCCUGAUAUAGCAUUGUUAUAACAAGGGGAUUCAUAGGCGUUGCCUUCGGAGGAUUCAUCGUUAAAUAAUGGGAUUUAAACCAGUUACUCUGUGUACGUAGGAUGCUACAGCUAGGUAUGGGUCGAUAUAAGGCAAUUAAUUCACCGAACGGUGGAAUUUUUUGUCAGUUAUUGUGGAUACAACCUCUUAUCUGUGUAGCGGGAUCUUUAUCGAAGAAGCGAGACGAAGUGAAAAGAAAUUCGUUUAUGUUUUCUGCUUCAUCAUCGAAAUCAAAAGUCCUAUAACUAACUACGUGCUGAAAUAUAUAUCCUUAAGUUAAGUGCGUCAUAAGUAACACGAUAACGAGGUUAAUACUGAAAAGGAUAAUAUUCCUAUUACAUCUAUACGGGCUUGCUGUCUUCAACACUGACCAUCUGCGAACCCCAUCUACGGUCUGUGUUCCUCAACUUAUUAAGAUCUGCAAGUUUCACCAUAGAAGUACUUUGUAGUAGGAAUUAGGUUUACUGCUGCCCUCUUCUAAUAAAAGAAAACUCUUUUGUAUUGUAAGAUCAUAAAAAGCGACAAAGAUAUCUUCUCGUUGAGAUCGGCAUUUUUUACAGACACUUGUACCAAGAGUUCGGGUCAUUUUAUGUGUUACAAAUAUAAUUUCUAUAACUUAAAGGAUUUGUGAAGACGGGCUAAUACGCUUGUUUGUUAGGGCUUAAUUGUGUCGUAUAAUUAUAUAUGAUUAUGGCAAAAUAUCUAAUAAAUAUUCGCUAUGCUAUUCUCAGUGGAAGAAAGCUAGGAUGUAAGAAGGAAAACAAUGGCGAAUGUUUAACAUACGUCACUCUUUAACAGCGACUAUAUUGGUAAACCCAAGAUUUCCAAAAGACGAUAUAAUAAAAGUCAAAACUCUUCCCCUUACCCGUUGGAGAAGUAACAGGGCUAUCCGUGCAAAUAACUAAAGUUUGUUUUUUAACAAUGAGCUACGAGUGAGUUAUGUCAAUAGUAAAAAUAAAUUGUGGAAAUAGUGUAUUGGUAGGUGACUUUAAUGUCAGUCUUAACCAUAAUAACAGCUACAAGUUGAUUUUCUUGUGUCUUUUUUCUCCUUGAGACAAUGGCUUUUUGGCAUUUUAUACUUUUUUACACUUCCAUACAUAUUCAAUAUUUUCCUCGAGUUCCAAGGCAACUUUUCUUUCACAGCCGGCAAAACGUAUUUGAAAGUGAAGGGGCCAAGAUAUCACAGUUUUGAAAAGGUUUGGUUAGGAUGUACAGUUGGGUUAUUAAGUCUUAUCUUAGAAUUUUUUUCGGGAAUAAAGUACUUCUAACAAAAAAAGAACAUUUGAAAACUUUCAAAUUGUGCUGGUCAAAACGAGUUUUUAUAGAAUAAAACUUUAAAGCUUUCGUUUUUAAGGGAAUACUAGGCACAGUUACUUACGAAAUGGUGGGCUACAUUUCUUUCCACUUUUGCCCCAACCAUUUUAUAUUGUUAUGCAAAAAAGUGGGGGCACGAGCCCUUGUCAUUUGUAACUAUCUAUUUUGAAAGUUUUGAUGCAUAUAGUAUUAAAUGCUCCCCCCCCCCACCUGCUGCUCGACAAACCCAAAAAAGUGAAAUCCAACAAUUUUCUCAUAUAGUUUGUGACUGUUAUUUCAGUGAAAGAUUUUCAAUUGACUGUUAAAAGCAAGAAGAAAAAAUAAUUUUUUCAGCUUUUUUUGGAAAAAUGAUGGAGCGACUUUUGCAACUAUGUUACAAAAAGAAAUAGAAUCUUGCUUAAAGGAUUUGGAAAGAUUUAGUCUUACCCCAGUCAUGAUCCUUUUAUGCAUUUAUCUAUUUUAACGUAUGAGCUUACUACAAUCUGCAAAUUUCUUUAUUUGAUCUGAUGGAAUAAACAAGAUUGCUUUUACAGGAGAAAUUUCAAAAUUGUUCUAAAUCAUCCUCAAACCGGACCGGUCCGGUAGAGUUUUAUUCAAAACAACACAACACAUUCUAGAUUGAACUAAAAGAUGAAAUGCGAUGGACAUCCAAACCCUAGAUUUAAAAAAAGAUUAAUUUGAUUAGUUUUAACAAACAUUCGCAAGAACAAACAAUUAAGAUACAAACUCAAUUAAUUAACAACGCAGCACCAAUAUCCUUCAACUGAACAAAAGAUUCCUAAUAAAAUCAAACUUCAAGUCCUUC